AUGAGCACACGCCCGCACCACCGCCGCAGCGCGUCAACGCUCCGUGUCCUACCUCCGUCCAUCAAGGUGCGCGCGACGUCAAUGCACACAACGCACGACCACACUUGCCAUCGCCGCGACGCCGUGCAGCUCCCGGCUUUUCGUUUGACGACCGUUGCCAUUCAACCGACAACAACAUGGAAUGACGUCGUUGAGGGCGAUCUCACGCCGGUCGAGCGGGCGCGGUCCGCAGCGUCCCACACAGUUUCGCCGUACAACCUCUUGCCCGAGCCUGCGCACUGGAGAGUGUUGCAUGAGCUCAAGGAACGCGUGCACAUUGAGAAGACGCUACAAGCUGCGGACGAGCCGCUCGUUCAGCGCCGGUGUGUGCGCGGAACGGCCGCCGACCGCAUCGAGGCUUCUUGGUCCCUCUACGACGCGAUGAACCAGACGCUCCAAUCCAAGCCCCGCGACUCGAACGCGGCCCUCGACAUUUUGAAAGAGAUUGCACGCUACCGCCGCCUCGCCGACGUGUUCAAGCAGCUCGACCGCAACCACGACGGCGUCGUGACCCGCGACGAGCUCGUGGCGUGUGCAACGAAGUUGCUGAUUCCGCUGACGACCAAGGACGCCGAUGCGCUCAUGGCCUUUAUGGACCGCAACCGAGAUGGCACCGUCACGGCCGACGAGGUGAACGUGCUCGUGCAAAAGUUUGGCGGCGUGGCACCGUCGCCCCCGCCGGCAAAAUCCAAGCGGUCGCCGCACCGGUCGCAACUCCACUACAGCAUGAACUAA